AUGGCAUGCUUCCUGCUAUCUGCGGUGGGCGUGGCGUUCGGCGGUCAGAGCCUCCGCCGGCCCGAACGCUGCAGUUUGCCCGCACGGUCGCUCCUCGGCCGCACCGCAGCAGUCUCGCGCCGCGAAUCCCUGCAGCUGGGCGCGGGUUUAUCCGCUACAUUCCUCGCGCCACUGGCCGCGCCGCGGGCCGCCUUCGCUGCCGCACAGGACCCGAACGAUCUUAGCCGCCUAAAGAAAGGGCUCGACUCUGUGCAGUUCCUGCUCGAUAACUGGGACCGCGAGACGGUGGACCCAAACUCGGGCGCCGACAGCCCCGACCGCGUGCGCUUCUUUCUCGGCCUGCGGACGACGGACCACCCGCUCUUCCAGGUCGACAAGUUGCUGAUCAAGGCGCAGAAAUCGCUGCCCGACGACGUCGACUUUGAGACGUGGAUCGACUCAGUCGAAGGCCUCAACUCACACAUUGCAAAGAUCAAUGAGGCGCCGGCUGGCCCAUCCACCUGUACCUGUCCCGCCUGUGCCGCUGGCAUGUGGCGUUCACGAUACACCCGUCUGGCAUACACGUCGUCGUUUGGCGAGUACAACCCCGGCGGCGGCAAGGAGCAGGUGCGCAAGUACCUGCUGCUCGCGAAGGAGGAGGUGGUGCAGGCACGCGACUCGCUCCAGACGAUGGUGACGCUGCUGAAGCUCUGA